AUGAAUAGUGCAUCGAUUAGUUCAAAUAAUACUCGAUUAUUAGAUCUUUUACUUAAAGCCACUCGAACAUCAAAUGAAAAUCUUCGUCCUCAUCAUACAAAUAUCAAGAAAACUAUUCAAGUAUUAGCACAAGUACUUGACAAAGAUAAUCUAUCAGUAUUACAUUAUAUCGCUUAUUAUAAUAAUUUAUACAUAUGUCGUAAAUUAGCUGAUGAAAAUUGUGAUUUUAAUACUGUUGGAAAUAAUGGCGAAACAAUAUUACAUAUAGCAGUUCGAUCUAAAAUAAUCAAUGAAGAUACACAAUCAUUAUUGAUUUAUUUAUUAUCAAAAUUAUUAGUUAAUAUCAAUAAACAUGAUAAUCAAGGUCGAACAGCAUUACAAUCACAUAAAACAAGUUUUCAUAUUUAUUCGAAAAUUGAUUAUCUAAAUGCGAAAACAAGAGAUGGACAUGAUGCAUUUUCAUUUGCACGAACAAAUACUGCUUAUGCUGGUCAAUCGAAAUGUUUCGAAUAUGUACUUAAUGCUAUUCUUAAUCGUCAUACAUUUGUACAUGAUCUAUUAAUUGAUCGAUAUGGUCGUACUUUAUUACAUCUUAGUGUUCUUUCAAGACAAAUAAAUAUACAAAUAGAUUCAUUUUUAUUUGUACAAUUUAUUGAACCAAUGAUAUAUACUCUAGAUUAUAAUGAUGAAACACCACUUCAUCUUGCUGUUCGAUUCAGUUUAUAUGAUAUAUGUGCAUUAUUACUUCAAUCUUCUGAUAAACUUGAUGCCAUUCAAAACCCUUAUAUUUAUCUUGAUAAAAUUGAUGGUGAAUUAAUUCGUUCAAUUGGAUAUAAAAAUAAAAAUGGUCAAUCAUCAUUUCAUACUGCUAUACUUUAUGGACAUAUAUAUAUUAUGAAUUAUUUAUUAGAAUAUACAGAUGCUAAUUUCAGCACACCAUUACAUUGUGUUGCUCAAUGUGUAAAUAUAAAAUGUUCGAAUGGUAUUGACGCAUGUAUUCCUCUACUUGAUAUAUUUUUAAAAUACAUUCAAAAUUUUUUUUCAACUAUUCCAUUUGCUUGGUUUAAAUCAGCAUUUAUGGUAUUAGAUACAGGUUAUGAAGAUCGUUUUUUUGGUCUGGAUAGUGGUAAAUAUAUUAGUCUUUAUCCAGUUAUUUUUGUUAUAUUUCUUCUAUUUGGUAUAGCAAUCACAACUCUUGUGAAUAAUCUUUUAACUGCUUUGGCUGUUGGGGAAAUAGCUAAUUUAUCAGCGAUUGCUCGUAUGCGUAAUGCAACAAGACGAUAUAAAUUAUUACGUGAAUGGGAAAUAUUUCGUUUGCAAUACUUAUGGACACCUGCUACACUUUAUCUUCGUCAUGAAUAUAUAGAAGAUAAAUGGAAUAGACAAUUAUAUAUCUGUUUAAAAUGGAUUUAUCGCCAUACAUUUCUUGAGGCUAAUAAUUGA